CGGGGGCCGGGCCGUGACGUCACCCUCAUUUACAUACAUCGCCCCGCCUCUCCCCCCCGCUCCUGCCGACGUCAUCCGGGCUCUGCAACCGGCGGGGCGGCGCGCGCCGCUGCUGCAGUUGCUGCAGGAGGAGGCGGCGGCGCGAGCGCGGGCUGGAGAUGGCGUCGGCGACCGACUCCCGCUAUGGGCAGAAAGAAUCCUCAGACCAGAACUUCGACUACAUGUUCAAGAUCCUGAUCAUCGGCAACAGCAGCGUGGGGAAAACCUCCUUCCUGUUCCGCUACGCCGACGACUCCUUCACCCCGGCCUUCGUCAGCACCGUCGGCAUCGACUUCAAGGUCAAGACCAUCUACCGCAACGACAAGCGCAUCAAGCUGCAGAUUUGGGACACGGCCGGGCAGGAGCGGUACCGCACCAUUACCACGGCCUAUUACCGCGGCGCCAUGGGCUUCAUCCUGAUGUACGACAUCACCAACGAGGAGUCCUUCAACGCCGUGCAGGACUGGUCCACCCAGAUCAAGACCUACUCGUGGGACAACGCCCAGGUCCUGCUGGUGGGGAACAAGUGUGACAUGGAGGACGAGCGCGUCGUCUCCUCGGAGAAGGGCCGCCAGCUCGCCGAGCACUUGGGUUUCGAGUUCUUCGAAGCCAGCGCGAAGGACAACAUCAACGUGAAGCAGACGUUCGAGCGGCUGGUGGACAUCAUCUGCGAGAAGAUGUCGGAGUCGCUGGACGCGGCCGACCCGGCCGUCACCGGCGCCAAGCAGGGCCCGCAGCUCAGCGACCAGCAGGCCCCCCCGCACCAGGACUGCGCCUGCUAGGGACACCCCCCGCACCCCAAAACCCCCUCAGUGCACCCCACACCCCUCAGUGCACCCACACCCCCCCAAAAAACCCUCUUUUGUGGGGCGAAACAUUUGCUGCUGGUACCUCCCGAAGGGCUGCGGCCUACCUAGGAGCCCCCAUUCAUUUAGGCUGUGCCCCCUUUUCCCCCCUCCCUUAAUUUAUUUUUAAGCCUGGGCUAGUAGAUCCCCCCCCCAUUCUGCUUUAAAUCACCCCCCAAACCAUUAUUUUCUCCACUACACCCCCCCCCCAAAACCUCACGUGUCCCCCCCCACACCCACCCAAAGGGCCCCUGGAGGCUCUUGGUGCCCAUUUCUCCCCCUCGCUGGAUGGAUAUUUCCUAAAACUCUUGUUUAUUUGUAUAAAUAGAUGCUAAUUUAUGCUCCCGCCGUCUUCCUCCUUGUACAGAAGAAACCCUCCUUGUAAAUAGGCGUAAAGCGCCGCUGGUGUGCCCUGCCGUGCCGUGGCCGUGCUGGUGCCGUUACUUUUAUGUUUAAUUCUAUGUUUUAUUUCGUUUCGGUUUGUUUUCUCCGUGUGGCAACCUUGCUUGUGAAUACCACUUUAAAAAACUCUAUCUAUUAUUUAAAGGUUUAAAAAGCUAAUCCUACACGAGCAAGGCCAGCCAAGCCCUGGAGCAAAUUAGCCCCGCUUUGGGGACCUUUGCAGAGGCGCCGUUUUGGGCUCGUUUUGGCUCUUUUUGGCUUGGGGGGGUGUGUGGGGCUUGAAGGAGCGUCGCUAAUUUGCCGCAGGGCGUUGGGCUCCGUGUGUUCCUGUCGUGCUGUGAAUAAGUGGAUAUUUCUGUAGCGAUGACGGACCCGAGAUCCUGCCGCCCCCUAUUUAUGUUUUUCUCGGAGCGCUGUGUCUUUGUUUUAACAGAUUUCCCCCCCCUCGCCUCUCUCCCCUUUCCUAUUUUUGUGACGUUUACUCCGGAAGCGUUACCACCGUACUGUACAAAUGUCAAAAGUGUCAAAAAAUGAAGAAAAAACGAUAAAAAAAAAAAGAGUACAAUUUCCUAAAAAUCACUGUAUUAAAAGAAAUGUUGUGAAGAAAUAAAUCGAUGCUGAUCACCUGUU